AUGUUUUUGACUAACCCGAUGGUCAUCGCCUCCAAGCGCAUCGCGAGCCAUUUGCCUCAGAUCACCAGGAAUUUGGCAGCGACGCCUCAACUCCGAGGGUUCAAGACGACGGCGCCUGCACCACAAGGAGCAACUCUCUUGCAAGACAAGGAGAAUGGCUUCGGCUUUGCCAGAUCCAACCCUCGACCAGUCAAGCCCAGGAGCAAGGGUGUAACGGAGAUCCGGGGUCCUUACUACUCGGUCAUGGGAAAACGAUACCUUGCAGAUGUGCUCGAGACGAUGGGAAAUCAUGUCGACGGGCUCAAAUUUGCCGGAGGCUCAUUCUCGCUGUUUGAGGAAAAGCCACUGCGCGAAUUGAUUGAGCUGGCCCACGACUAUGGCGUAUAUGUGUCCACGGGUGGAUGGGCCGAGCACCUCCUCACACAUCCAGAUGCGAACGCCGUCUUCGAUCGCUACCUGUCCAAAUGCAAGGACCUGGGAUUCGACGUGAUCGAGUUGUCAUCGGGGUUCCUGUCGUUCCCAGAAGAUGACUGGCUCCGCCUGGUCGACAAGGUUCACUCGUACAAACUGGAAGCGAAGCCGGAAUUGGGCAUCCAGUUCGGUGCCGGCGGGGACACCCCAGCCUCGGGUCUGGAAGCCAUUGGGACUUCAGACCCCGGGAAAUUGGUGAACCUGGGACAAAAGUUCCUCAAUGCUGGCGUAAAGCGCCUGAUGAUCGAGUCCGAGGGCAUCACAGAAAACGUCGAGUCGUGGCGAACAGACGUGGUGUCACGGAUCAUGAAGGAGCUGCCUUCCGAGCGGGUCAUGUUCGAAGCCGCAGAUCCGAAAGUGUUCAACUGGUACAUUCGGGAGUUCGGCAUCGACGUCAAUCUGUUUGUCGAUCACAGUCAGAUCGUGCAGUUGACCUGUCUACGCUCCGGCAUCUGGGGAACCGCUGAUACCUGGGGCAAGGUAGUCUCGUUCCGUCCGGAGUAA